AUUCCAACAAUUUAGGCCUCUUCAUAACCUCACAUCUCCCUUUCCCAUUCUAACAAUUCUCUCUCUCUCUCUCUCUCUCUCUCUCCUCUCUCUUUCUCUCUCUUUCCCGAUUCUCCCUAAGUUUCAAUUCCCUCCUCGCCGGAAAACGCAGCUCCUCCGUCACGGUUUCACCGUCUUCCGUUAAUUCCUUUUUUAAUCAACCCCACAAUUCUGUUUUAACUUUUGCGCCAUCAGAAUCAUGAAUCCGGAAUAUGAUUACCUUUUUAAGCUUUUACUCAUUGGAGAUUCCGGUGUUGGUAAAUCAUGUCUGCUUCUGAGGUUUGCCGAUGAUUCAUACUUGGAGAGCUAUAUUAGUACCAUCGGUGUGGAUUUUAAAAUUCGCACGGUAGAGCAGGAUGGGAAAACCAUUAAACUCCAAAUUUGGGAUACUGCCGGGCAAGAACGUUUUAGGACAAUUACGAGUAGUUACUAUCGUGGGGCUCAUGGUAUCAUUGUGGUUUAUGACGUGACUGAUCAAGAGAGCUUCAAUAAUGUGAAGCAAUGGUUGAAUGAAAUUGACCGGUAUGCUAGUGAAAACGUUAACAAACUUUUGGUUGGGAACAAAUGUGAUCUUGAAUCACAAAGGGCUGUUCCCUUCGAGACGGCCAAGGCUUUUGCUGAUGAAAUUGGGAUUCCUUUCAUGGAAACAAGUGCAAAAAGUGCCACAAAUGUUGAGCAGGCUUUCAUGGCCAUGGCUGCUGAGAUCAAGAACAGGAUGGCUAGCCAACCUGCCAUGAACAAUGCCAGGCCUCCUACCGUCCAAAUCCGAGGACAACCCGUGAACCAGAAAUCUGGUUGCUGCUCCACUUGA